AUUGGCCCAGUGCAAUGGACCAGCAGCUCUUUAUGAUGUAUAAUGUUAUGCCUGUGAGAGACUGAGGUUCAGAACUCACAUUCGUGCAGCGGAGAUGCAAAGAGAUUGGACACACUGUUUUAAGCAGGACGAAUCAGCAGCAGACGGAAGAGCUGACUAGCUAAUACCUCAUUUGCUUAUGCUGAUGUACGAGUGUGAAACAAGAGAAAAGAGGAGCGGCAUUCAUUGAGUACUGUGUGUUCUCAGCUCAGAUCAUCAGGAGGCUUCUCGUUUGCAGUCCACUUGAACUGUAUGCACUGUGUGCAUGGGAGCUACAGCAUCAUAUGGCGUGUUACUAUAUUGUCAUCAGCUCCACACACCUUAGCAAUGGCCAUUUCAGAAAUAUCAAGGGAGUUUUUCGGGGACCUCUCUGCAAGAAUGGAAACAAGACACUGGACUACGCUGAAAAAGAAAAAGCAAUAACAAAGGCCUUGGAGGAUCUGAAGGCCAACUUCUACUGUGAAUUGUGUGACAAACAAUAUUACAAACAUCAAGAGUUUGAUAACCAUAUAAAUUCCUAUGAUCAUGCUCACAAGCAGAGACUUAAAGAACUGAAGCAGAGGGAGUUUGCCCGGAAUGUGGCUUCCAAGUCAAGAAAAGAUGAAAAGAAACAGGAGAAGGCUCUCAAACGUUUACAUGAGCUAGCUGAACUCAGAAAGCAAGUUGUGUGUGCCCCAGGGAGUGGUCCAAUGUUCAAGUCCACAACUGUUGCUGUUAAAAAUGCUUCAGGGACAAAUCAGCAGCUUGGCAGCCUGAAUGGUGGAAGAGCAGACAGUAAAUCAGCAGAUCCAGAAACUGGCAUGGCAAACAGCACAGAAGAUAUUAAUAGAGAAGAGAAUAAACUUUCUGUAAGCAAUACAUCUGACAUGUGUAAGGCUGAACAUUGUUUACUGGGAAAACAAACCUGUGGACAAAAAAUAGGAUUCUCCUUUUCCUUUCCCAAGAAAACUCCUGUCAAAUUGGAAUCAUCGGCAGCAGUUUUCUGUGAUAGCACUGAAGAAGGAUCAAACAAAAUGAAUACAAGCCUCAAACGUAAAAUCAACUGGAAUACCUACAGUACGCAAACAAAUUCCAGCAUAGAAACAUUUGCAGAUUUUGAAGUAAAGCCAGAAAGCAGGAAGCACCAACUGGGAAGCAAUUUCUGCACCAAUGCAACGUCCUUGAUUAAAGAAGGGGUGCAGGAUUUGAUAACAAAGGAACACAACAGUACAGCAGAAAGCUGUUUAACUUCCUGCGUGUCUCACGUUCAAUGUAAGAAUAAGCCAAAGUUUCCCUUCUGCGCUUCUGUGUCAGUAGAUAAACAAGAUACACUCUACAAGGUUGUAACUAAGGACGAAAAAACUUCAGAAAAUGACACUUCAGUGUGUUUUGAUCCUAAUGAGAACAGACAUGGAGUUGAUACGUUAUGUAAUGAAGUAUUAAGUUCACCAGUGGAAGAUGAAACAUCUAAAACAGUUAAAGAGUUAACACAAAAUGGUGAUGUCACUGAAGAAUUCCUUCAUGGUUUGACUGAGAAUUGUUGCUCUCUACAUUUAGAGACAGAAAGUGCCGACACACAAAACAAUCAUCUGGUAUGUAGAAGACCAGAUGAACCUUUCUUUCCUGUUGUCAGCAAGGAUGAGUCAACUGUCCUUCAGUGGCCUUCCGAGAUGUUGAAUUUUACUAACACUGAGCCUUCCAUAUCUUUUUGCUGCAACCCUCUAUAUUUUGACUUUAAGUCAUCCCGAACUAAAAGCUAUCUGGAGGAGAGUAAAUCCAAAGCAAAUUAUUUAAAGACAUCCCAAACCUCAUCAAAAGAAUUAUGCAGACCUGCCAAAAGGAAUUUUUUAAGUGGAUUUUCUGAAAUGAAACCAGUUGGCUCUAGCCUCAAUGUACAAGGUGCUGUCAAUGAUUUUGAAAAGACACUGAACAUUUGUGACAAACAAGUGGUUGGAUUAAACAUCUACUAUGAUGGAACUGACCAGGAGGAACCAGUUAAAGAAAUUACACCCUAUUGCAAACGUAAAAGAUGGAAAAAGCACAAGAAGUAUUACAGGCGUUUAAAGCGGAAGCAACGGGAAAAAGAGACUGAAAAAGAAAGUUAUAACAACAGAAAAGAGAGAGAGCAUAACUGCAUCACUAAAAAAGUGAAAAGGAGAAAACUGUCAGUGGAGUCAAAACAGGAGGCAAGUGAGAGGGCUGAUGAGCUGUUUAAACAGGAGAAUACUACAGACAUGGUGGAAUGCAAACACAGACAAGAACAACAACAAAAAGAAUAUUCAGAAGUACACCUGGAACAACUUGAAAUAAAAUGUGAUCAAAAUAAUGCAGUCUCAGAAAAACUGAGUAAAACUCAGAAAAUAAUUGAUUACAAUAAUGUAAAAAGAGACACUUGGCAAAGUAAAUGUAAUAACAGAAUAUGCAAUACGAAUAAAGAAUUGAGAGAGAAAAGAGAGGGUAGUGAGGGAUAUGGAGAAGAUGGUGAUUUUCUUACAGGCAGUGAAAGAAUUGGUUGCAAACAACACAAGCUGUGUUUGUUGUCUGGGGAUUCUUUAAGAGACUGCCAUUCAUCAUGUACCACGUGGUCUUGUACAAGCAAGCAAAGAAUAAGAAGCAAUGGCUACAAUUCUUUUUCAGACAAUGAGUAUUCAGAUCAACAAAGUGAAGAAAGACAUUCUUGCCAGAACCUUUCAGUGAAGAGAAGGUAUGACUCUCUGAAUGGCAAGCCUGUCAUUGUCGAUCACAAACACAGCAGAAAUAGGCUUCCUUCAUCUUCAGAUGGAGAUCACAAACAAAUCCCAAAUUCAUCAGGCAACCACUUGAGCCAAGUGGGUAGUUCUAACUCAGAUUGUAGAUAUAGUCAGAGAGAGCAAUCUCACCGACAAAAGAAGCAACGUAAAGCCAGGCAUAACGUAAAGAGCAAAAUAUCAGUAAGAGAAAAGAGUAAAUGUUUGUCAGCUGAUGAGUUGCAGCCUUGCGAUUCAUCAUAUCAAGAAAAUCUCUGUGAAAAUUCUGCACCAAAUACACCAAGGCAAGAUACAAAUAUGAUAAAUAUCUCUCACCCUGCUGUACAGAAGGCAGAGGAAAGCUGCAGUUCAGUAUUCAAGCUGUCAACAGGAACACUUGCUGAAGAUUACCAUUCAAAGAUAAACAACCAUUUUACAGAUGCAGAAGCAUCUAAAAUGACACAUGACAGACAUGAAUUUGAUGAGCACACAAAAAACAGUUUUUCAGAAAUGUGGAUUAAUCACAAAGAUCCUUCAGAGAAUAUUUUGCUUCCCAGGCUUUCAUUUGUCCUAAAUGAUGGCACUAUGUUGGCACAGAGUGAAAAGGUACCAACUAUGAAGACUCUAUCACAGAGAGAUGUAAUUCAUCAGAAACAGACAGAUUUGUAUGGCGAUAACAAAGACAUCAAGCCAUCUCUAAAUGAGGUAUUUCUCUAUCAUUAUGAAACUGCACCUGAGACACAUGCAAAAGGAGCAUCAUGGCUUCAAGAUAAUUCAAAUAUUCCACCUUGCAACACCCAGCAAGCUCUGCAGAAUGGAGCAGCAGGGACAAUUGACAAUCAAAAUGAAAGUAAUGAACAAACGCACAAAACUUUCUCUCCACUCUCUCAAACAAUAUCAUUCACACCAGAGGAAAUUGAGAAAUACAAGCAACUGCAGAUUCAAGCUCAACAGCACAUAGAACAGCAGAAGCUAGUCAGCAAAGUGAAGACAUCUUCACCCAUUGCAGCAAUUCCCAUGCAACAACCAGUCCCUCGUCAACAAUCGGUGACGACUGCAUCAAUUACAACAAUUCAUCACACUGUGCUCCAACAUCACGCUGCCAAUGCAGCUGCAGUGUCUGCAGGAGUAUUCAUGCAACCACAAUCACAGUCUGUUCCACAUGCCCAUCCUCUCCCUCCACACUUAGCACAUAUUUCAUUAACCCCUGGCCUUUAUCAAGGAGGUCACCCAACUUUUCUAGCAGCUCCACAACUACAUAUUAUUCCUGCUUGUGCUCUUCUCCCAGGUCAUUUUGCCCUCCAUCCCUUGCCAGCUACUACAUUGUUCCCCCCGUUACUAACGCUACACACACCGACUAUUCCACUCCACCAUUUACUUCAUUCCAAUUUUACCACCUAAACUUUCCUGCAUCUGACAGGUCGCAACACGUAAAAUAUGAAAUGAACAAUAUGUUUACCUAAAUAGCCUGGAAUCCAGGCCUGGAUUUUCAAUAAGUCUGUAAAAUAUUAUUGGCAUUACCUAUUUUGGGUGUGUUUACAAUCUUUUUACAAAGUGGUGGAGAGAAUAAUAAGGAUGCCCUUUGUAAUGUGUCACACAAAUCCUUUUUUUUGCAUCUUAUAUUGGAAUGUUCCCUUCUUGCUGCAGAACCUGCGACUAUACUUGAAGUUGACAGAACAUUAAUAUCGAUGUACUGCUGAUAGUGUUUACAGCAAUGUAAAUAAAUAUCCAUAAAUUUGGUCCAAAAUACACACAAAACUUUUAAAAUAUAUUAGGUAUGGAAUUUCUUUAUACUUUGUUGUAAUUAUUUGUUGUAUGCUAUGUUUUUUUAUGAAGUGAAUGUUGUGUGUAUACCUGAUGCACCUUGUCACUGAAUUUUGUACUGAUAUAUGUUACUGCUAGAUCAAAAUAGCUGUUUAAAAUUGGUAUGCGCAUACACACACAUACAGAUAUUUAUGCAAUCAAUGAUGAACUAAACUGUCAGAAUUUGUAUUAAAUUGUCUAGAAACAUCAUUUAACCCACAAUUAUUUUGACAUCUUAUAACUUAUUGUUAUCCAUCUAUUUCCACUAUUGUAUAUUCUCUAUCUUUAUAACCAAAUGAUGUCAAAGAAUACAAAAUGAAAAUUUGUUACAUAGCUAAAAGUAAGAGAUUGACAAUGUAACUGUUUUACUGGAUAAUGGCACAAUACAUGGUAUGAUGUGAAUCUUUGUUUUUAACUUGGAAGGUUUAAGUUAAUAUGACAUGUUUGUAUCACUUAGCUGGAAAGAUUAGUGCACUUUGACAAGUGUCUCCAUAAAAUUGCAACUAGCAAUGGUAACAAUCAUAUCUUAAGAGCAGUAAUGCCAGGAUAUUUCUCCAUCAAAAUUGAAAUCAUUUUGGACAGAUCCCAUUUAAUUUUGGAUAGAUUGAAUAUUGCCUAAAUUAGAAAAUUACUUUAAUUCAGCAGUAACUGCUACUAAUUAAGUAGUCUUGCACAAAGACUUCAUAAAUAAAGAGCGUAUGGAUAAUUACAGUGUUUUGGUAGUGUGGUUAAAGGCUGUUUUCGUAAGAUAGUUGAUGAACAUCAUCAAGACUAUGAUGCACUGCACUGCAUCUUAUCUAUAUCAUUACCUGACCUGGGAGGCUUUAAGCUGUCACAGGGCAUGAAAUAGAAAAAUGAUUUUCCUUGAGCACUUUCUAAUGAGGACACAUACAUAAGAGCAUUGUUUCUGAGGUUACAGCAUUAUUGAUAGUGAAAAUAAAUUUUGUGUAUCAAAACAAGCCAUUUAAGAUGAUUUAAAUUCAGUCUUUAUAAUGAUUAAGAGAGGACUCCAUCUUUGCACCACCAGAAUGUAAAAAAAAGAUGAUCAUUCUGGCCAUUAUCCUGCCACACAGUAUGAAUGAUGCAGUCAAGCGAAUUGUAAUAUACAUUGUUGUGUAUAAAUGAGGUCAGAAACCAAAAGAUCAUAACCCUUUAUAUUUAAUUGUAUUCAAUAUCAUUUAGCAAAUUUUAUUCAUUCUUAUGCUAAAUACAGUUUUCAUUUCCCUAAGCCAGUAAGAACAUCAUGAAUUGUAUUUCCAGAAGUUUGCAUCAAAAUAUUUGGCCCAAUCUUGUUUUACACACAAACUGCUUAUAUGUGAAAUCAGAAUCACAGCUGGGCACUGAUACCUAUCAUCAUCUAUUCACAUGACCUUAGUCUGAAUUUUGCGAUCAGCGAUAUAGUAACAACUCUCAUCACUGACCUCGAAGAAAGCUUUUCUCAGAGAUCUAAUAAGCCUUUUGGAGUGGUUUCCUUUUUCCAAAUCUGAAUCUGGCACAUUGGCAGUGAUGUCAUCAUGCAGAUGAAGUGGCUUGAGUAAUAAAAUUGAAGAAUCUCCACAGACAACAAAUAAAAUUUCUUUAUACUUCACUUUCAAUUAAAUUUUAUGGGAAUAUGCACAUGGGAUUAGAGUUGAAGCUGGAAUAACAUAAACAGACUUUUGAAAAUGUGAAAAACUAUUACAUUCAACAAAUAUCAAAUUAGUUUUCAAGGCGAGUGAUGCUAUUAAUAAGAAUUGUGAAUUUAGUAUGCCAUUAUAAACCCAGUUACACUACAUUCAAUAAGCUGUAACCUUUAUAAAUCUAAUUUUUAAUCCGAAUUAAUGACACAUGACAAGUAACAUUUGCACCACACAAAUUUCAGGCAAUGGCCAUCUCCAAUAGAGACAACCCCUUA